UGUCUGGACCGCGUCUGCAAUGCGCCGGGGGAGGAAAGAAACAAAGUCGGGUUCGUUCAAUCACUCGUCCUCCCAGACAGUCAUGAAAUACAUUACGUUCGGGUAACACAGAUACUCUUGUCUGGUAGUGUUGAUAUAGUGCCCGUCAGUUAGUGAUUGUUUCCUAAACCUCCAAGCGCUUUCACGCAGCUCCACGCAACUCACACAGAUACACUUGUCCUGUAGUAUUGGUAAAGUGCCCGCCAGUGAGUGAUUGUUUUCUAAACCUCCUAGCGCUUUCACGCAACUCCGGGCUCCUCUAUCAUGGCUCACGCACCACCACCAGCUCCUAGGAGGGGCUAUCUGCGUCAUGUUUUCGGCCCGUCAUAUCGUCAACAACCAGUCCCAGAGCUUCCGCACGAGCGGAGUACACUGAGGAUCCAGCUCCACAGGGACAUCAGCCUGACAAAUCUACUAACUGAGCUGGUGUAUGAGUCGAAUCGCCGACCUGAGCAGUUUUUCUCAGAGCCCAGGGCAGCCAAAGACGGUAGGAACAGGAUGAUUUUGAUUAUUACUGGCUUUCCUCCUGAUGCUAACUAUGACGCAGCAAGCAUUUUGGAAGUGGUGAGGAGGUUUGACGGCAAUGCAGACUACGCCUAAGUGGAGUUUCGAUUGAUUCCGAUGAUACCAGGCAAAUUUGAAGUUUGGAAGCUGUGUCACUGUACAGAAAUGAAGAGGCCCUGCAACUGAAUCAUUGUACAGAAACGAAGAGGCCUUACAAUACAUUCAUGUAGAAAAUAUGGUGGCAUAUCGAUUGAUCCGUG